AGUAGCUCUGAGCCGUUUCAGUUCAGGUCUGGCCGGGCAGUUGGAUAUUGUUUCCAACAAAGUAGACUCGCCCUGCAGAGGCCGUAUGACAACAAAAUACUAAAACCAGCUUUCGUUUUGAUGCAUUCUGCAUCAGUUGUGGAUGUAUUACUUUAGAUGGACGGGAAUGGGUCCCGGCUGAAUGUGGAAAGUUCCAGAAACGCCGUGAACUACGGGAGUUUCGAGCAGAGGGAAGGCGCGCCGCGGCCCGAGCCGAGGCCGUAAAGGAGCGUAGCAGCAGCCGUGGAAGAGGCACGAGAAGUCGCUCGCUAUUGUGUGUUCCGACGGAAUUAUCGUCGCAUUAAAGCCACGUCCCAAUCCCUGGUUAACCAUCCUGAUUCUGUUCUGGGAGAGUUCAGACCAGUAUCAUCGCCAAGAUAGCUGGGCCAGGCAGAAAGAGACACACCUCAGAUCCAGACCCCAGCGGCGGCAGCGAUUCCAGCGACGGGCAGCCUGUCAGUGCCAAGUGCCUGAAGAUGGCCAGCAGUGGAGGCAGUGAUGUGGCUGGUAGUGAGACGGUGGGCCGUCACAGUGGGGCUCAGCAAAGAGGAGGCAGUGGCAGAGAAAAUGGCUCAGACUUGACACCCAGUACCAGCAAGAAGAAACAAAAGGACAAAGCCAACCAGGAAAGCAGAGAGGCCAAGAGAGUAGCAGCAGCUGCCAGUGCCGUUGUGGAUGGGGUCCUUGCUGAGGUGAAGAAAGAUGUGUUUGUGGACUGGAAGCAGAACGUUAAUGAGGUGACGGUCAGACUUCGCUGUGGGGAGGGAGUCCAGAGGAUAGAAGACAUCAACACCACGUUCACUGAUACGCACUGCAACGUGUCCUUCCCAGAUGGACGGCAGUGGAGCUGCCAGUUACAAGAGGAAAUUGAGGCCUCGUGUAGCAAAGUGCAGUACAAGGAAAAAGGAGGAUUCCUGCAUCUUGUCUUGCACAAGAAAAUCCCCUUUCAUAUUUGGCGUUCUCUGAAGUCGAAUAAGAAAGAGAAGGUGGUGGUACCAACAGAGGCCAGAAACAACGGGGAGUCACCAGAGAAACCCAAACUGUCGUCAGACCGGCCGCAGCCCCAGCCGCCUCCUUCGCCCACACACAGUGAAGCAAGACGCAGCAAAGCUGAGCGGGGCGUCAAGCGCUGCCUGAAAAACAAAGUGUGCGACAAGGCUUCAACAGACUCUGUACGAGCAAAGAGUGGCGCUGGAGAUUCGCCGAACAUUAUCAGCGCACCUAAGACAACCACAAAAACUGGUCAGGAGCCCAGUGCCAAGAGAACUAUUGCACAGCUGCCCGAGACCGCUAAAGAGGACGAAGGAGGCCCGCCGUCUGAGAAGUCUGCAGCAAAUGAGAAAGCCCCUCUCGCCCACCCGACUGCUGACCGAAGCCCGCCGGCACACGGGAGUGGAGACAACAGGGCAGAGACCCAAGGCGCUGAUCAGGAACCUGAACUGAACCCGGCUGUUGGCAGCAUUGCUCUGGGGGCAGAGGCAAGAAACGAGUCAUCGGACUCGCCUGAAACAACAGCACAUGUCAUGGAGUCACCUGCCCUCACCGCUCGCUGCCUCCAACCCACUGGGUUCAGUGAGAAAAUGGACUGUACUGCUCCUGAGAAAACAAAAGACAGAACAGAGUCCGAGCCUGCUGAGCACGAACUGGAAGAGAACACUUUAAUCUCUCAACUGCUCGAAGACGCAACAGAGACGCUAUCAGUGCCAGCUGCCUGUGUGGCUGCCAGGCAAAGCCAGACUCCAGGUCCAACUCAGAGGCAGGGUAGCCGUGAUGGGGAGGAGAAGCGGGACCAGUCAAAAGAAGAGCCAGCCCUAGAGACAAAGCAGCUACAAGCCCCAGAGCCAAUGGUUAACCUGCAGUUCGUGAAGAACGACUCGUACGAGAAGGGCACGGAUCUGAUGGUGGUUAAUGUUUACCUGAAGGGAAUCUGCAGGGACACAGCCAGGGUCAUCUUCAGGGAGCAAGACUUCACCCUCAUCUUCCAGACAAGUGACGCAAACUUUCUUCGGCUUCAUUCGGACUGUGGACCAAAUACGGUCUUUAAGUGGCAAGUCAAACUCAGAAACCUGAUCCAGCCUGAGCAAUGCAGCUACUCCUUCACCCCGUCCCGUCUGGACAUCUCCCUGAAGAAGAGACACAGCCAGCGCUGGGGGGCUCUGGAGGCCCCAGCCACACAAGGUGCAGUGGGUGGUGCGAAGGUGGCUGUGCCCUCCAGUCCAGCCUGCAUGGAUAAGAGCCAGCCAGGCAGCAGCCAGCACAGCCUCCCAGCCAAAGAGGAGCCCCCCAGGGUUGGGGAGGACACACCCAAAACCCCCAAAGCCUCGUCCAGAGGUGUGGAGGACAGCGGUCUGGAUCCUGUGGCUCCUCGAACAGUCUCCGAGCAUGUUUCCAUCACUAAGCCAGAACCCACUCUGACUACGCCUAAGCCCACCUGCAUGGUGCAGCCUAUGACCCACGCGCCUCCUGUCACUGAACGCCACGAGGAAGAAGAGGAGAAGAAGGUGUGCCUGCCUGGUUUUACAGGACUGGUCAACCUUGGCAACACCUGCUUCAUGAACAGCGUCAUCCAGUCCCUGUCCAACACCAGAGAGCUCAGGGAUUACUUUCAUGACCGGGCAUUUGAGGCAGAAAUCAACUGCAGUAAUCCUCUGGGAACAGGAGGGAGGUUAGCCAUCGGCUUCGCUGUGCUCCUCAGGGCUCUUUGGAAAGGGACGCACCACGCCUUCCAACCAUCAAAGCUCAAAGCAAUCGUGGCCAGCAAAGCCAGUCAGUUCACAGGUUACGCCCAGCACGACGCGCAGGAGUUCAUGGCAUUCCUGUUGGACGGACUCCACGAGGACUUGAACCGCAUCCAGACUAAACCAUACACAGAGACGGUUGAUUCGGAUGGACGGCUUGAUGAAGUGGUGGCAGAGGAGGCGUGGCAGAGGCACAAAAUGAGAAAUGACUCCUUCAUAGUGGAUCUUUUCCAAGGACAAUUCAAAUCCAAGCUCGUGUGCCCCACCUGCUCUAAGGUCUCCAUCACCUUUGACCCCUUCCUGUACCUCCCCGUCCCACUGCCCCAGAAACAAAAAGUCCUCUCUGUUUUCUACUUUGCUAAGGAGCCUCAUAAAAAACCAGUUAAGUUUUUGGUGAGUGUGAGUAAGGAGAGCUCCAGCACAGCAGAGGUCCUUGAAGCAAUUUCCAGGAGUGUGAGGGUCAAACCUGAGAACCUCAGACUGGCAGAGGUGGCGAAGAACCGCUUUCAGCGCAUAUUUCUGCCGUCCCAUUCGCUGGACACGGUGUCCUCCUCUGACAUGCUCUUCUGUUUUGAGGUGCUUUCCAAAGAUUUGGCCAAAGAGAGGGUGGUUUUACUUAAAGUGCAGCAGAAACUCCAGGUGCCGAAUGUUCCCAUCUCAAAAUGUGCAGCUUGCCUAAAACCGCCGGUGUCUGAGGACGACAAGCUGAAGCGGUGCACUCGCUGCUAUCGAGUGGGCUACUGCAACCAAGUUUGUCAGAAGACACACUGGCCAAAUCACAAGGGCCUUUGUCGCCCCAACUUAGAAAAUGUGGGUUUGCCCUUCUUGGUCAGCGUUCCAGAGUCUCGGCUGUCCUACGCCCGCCUCGCGCAGCUUCUCGAAGGCUACUCCAGGUUUUCUGUCAACGUAUUCCAGCCUCCUUUCCAGUCGGGCAGGACAUCUCCUGAAACAUCCCAGUCUCGGUUAGACGCCCCACCAAUACCAGCAGCCUCUCCUGAGGGUGUGGGUUGUGGGGAAGAGGCGUCGGGUGUUAGCAGCACUGUAGGAACAAGCGAUCUGGAUUUUGAGAGACGCUCUGCAGCGCCUGAAACCCCAGCAGAAUCCUCUCAGGCCUCGGCUGUCCACUGCGAGGCGUCAGAAUCCGUGUCCUCCUCCCAGACGUCACUCACGACUACAGGAACUAAAGAUUCGGGAUUCUUCGAGUCCAUCUCCUCUGCUUCCUGCUGUUCUCUGGACCCUCAUGCUGAAAAAGAAACGUCCUGUGAGAAGGCCGUGCGACCAGAAGCGGCAGUAACAGGCUAUCAGCAGCCAAGUGAAUCGGCAUCAGGCCAUGCCAGUCCGUUCUACAUGUCUCUGCUGGACUCAAACAGCAAGGAGCAGCGACUGGAUGAAAAAGAGGACGCACCAGCAGCCUUUCCCGACGAUGCAACCUUGGAUCUGGUGUGGAAAAACAACGAGCGUUUGAAGGAGUACGUGCUGGUGAGCUCCAAGGAACUGGAGUACGAGGAGGACCCCGGCUCCCUGAGUGAGACCGCCAGAGCAGGACAUUUUACCCUGGAGCAAUGCUUGAAUCUCUUCACCAAGCCAGAGGUGCUGGCACCAGAGGAGGCCUGGUACUGUCCAAAGUGCCAGCAGCACCGUGAGGCCUCCAAACAGCUGCUGCUGUGGCGUCUGCCCAACGUCCUCAUCAUCCAGCUCAAGCGCUUCUCCUUCAGAAGCUUCAUCUGGAGAGACAAGAUCAACGACAUGGUUGACUUUCCCGUCAGAAAUCUAGAUCUAAGCAAGUUCUGCAUUGGCCAGAAGGACGAGAUGCAACAACCCCCAAUUUAUGACUUGUACGCAGUCAUCAACCACUAUGGAGGAAUGAUAGGAGGCCACUACACAGCUUACGCUCGCCUGCCGAGUGACAAGAACAGCCAGCGCAGUGACGUCGGCUGGCGUCUGUUCGAUGACAGCACCGUGACUAUGGUCGAGGAAAGUCAAGUGGUGACGCGUUACGCUUACGUCCUUUUUUACCGGCGGCGAAAUUCCCCCGUGGAGAGGCCGCCACGCUUCCUCAGACCUGUCGGCGCCGAGUUGCCCGCUGCUGCAGGAGCCACUGCCAGCCAGGCUUCCAGCCAGUCACUGUUUGGGACAGACCUGGAUCCCGAAGGACCCCCUACCCUGACCCCCGAGGUGCCCUCUGACCUUUUUUCCCCCUCUGCAGACCUCUCCGCUCCGUCCUACAGCAACAUGGAGGAGGUGGACUAACGAUGAAGCGGUGCUAAAGCAGCGUCCUCUAAAGGGAAGCUGCUCGGCAGCUAAGAACUUGUUAGCAUCUGAAACCUGAAAAAAAAAAAGAGGGUUUGGCUGCACUCAGGUCAGAUCGACUGUCGCACCCGUAACCUACUAAAAUCCAUCAAGUGUACUCGUUAAGCUACAUAUCCAAUUCAUCCUCGACUUCACUUCUCAUCCUCUCAGCUCUUAUUAAUCUGCAGCCACAUGAAGCUCAGCUUUAACCUGAAGCUGCCGUCGAAUAUCAGGAAGAAGGAGCAGACGUUUGUUAGUGUUUCUUUAAACGUGUGUAAAUUAUUUGUUUUAACGGCAGCACGGUCGGAUCGGACAAAAGAUGGCGGCUGACGUUUUCUUUCCUCCCUGAAGGCAGAGGGCAAAGGCUGUUUGUUGUGUCGCUUUCUUAAACGAGUCUUUUGUUUCAGACUUCUUUUCUACUGUUUCUGUAUUUGAUCCUGUGGAUGCAAUUGUCAAAAAGCUGAAGUAUAAGCUGAAAUACGCAUGACUGCAUGUUGAUUCAGGCUGUUUCCUCUGUAAAACAACCCCGAGCUCUUCUGAAAUAUUCAACUUAUUUUAUUUUAUUUUUUUCUGUUUUGUCUCAUCCCUCUCUCUCUUUGUCAUGGACUGCGUAUAUUAAGUGGGAUUCAUUAUUGUUGCUGCUGUGGAUAUUAUAAAUGGGUAAUAUAAAUAAAGAACGUUGAAGAGUUGCUGAUAGAAAAA